CACCGCACCGCGCACCCCCACCUUCUUACCAGGCUCUCCAAUCCUGCCCACUUUUUCAUCACGUUCAAUUAAACCUCAAAAACACAAUGUCUCAACCUCCUGCUAAGCGCCAAAAGCGCGCCGAGUAUCGCAAACAAGCCGCCGAAGCGGUCGUUGCGCAACCGGACGAGUCCGCCCCCGUGGCCCAUGUUAAGCUCCCUAAGAAGAAGUUCUAUCGUCAGCGGGCGCAUGCGAAUCCGUUCUCGGACCACCAGUUGAACUAUCCACUCAGCCCGGCGCAUAUGGACUGGGCGUCGCAUUUCCCUGCCUUCGUAAACCCCGAUGCCACGCAGACGAACCUCAUCGGGACGAGAAAGCUGCUUAAGGAUGUGGAGGUUGUGGAUAUUGGAUGUGGAUUUGGUGGCUUGCUUGUUGGUCUGGCGGGGUUGUUGCCGGAGACAUUGAUGGUUGGGAUGGAAAUCCGCAUCGCCGUCCUCGAAUACCUGAACACUCGUAUCCAAGCGCUCCGCGUCCAACAACAGCAACAGCAACAGAAGACACAAUCACAGUCUCAACCGACCUCUUCGACCUCCACCCCUGCCCCUACUACCCCAGCCGCCGCUGAUACCCCCUCCGAUGCCCCGGCGCCUCCUGACCCGAACGCCAGUGCGGCUCUCGUCCCCGGAGGAUACCAAAACAUCUCUGCGAUCCGCAGCAACACGAUGAAGUUCUUCCCGAACUUCUUUAACAAACACCAGCUGUCGAAGAUCUUCAUCUGUUUCCCGGACCCGCACUUCAAGGCGAGGAAGCACAAGGCGCGCAUUAUCUCCGAGACCUUGAAUGCCGAGUAUGCGUAUGCGCUGCGCCCUGGCGGUCUUUUGUACACUAUUACGGAUGUGGAGGAGUAUCAUCAUUGGAUUCUGAGACAUUUCCGGGAUGAGAGUGCCGUUGAGGAGGCGGAGAAUGAGGGACCGACUGUGAAGGAGUUGUUUGAGAGGGUGUCUGAGGAGGAGUUGGAGAAGGAUGAGUGUGUUAAGGUUAUGAAGGAGGCGACGGAGGAGGGAAAGAAGGUCACGAGGAAUAAGGGAAAUAAGUAUGUUGCUGUGUUCAGGAGAAAGGAGGAUCCGGAGUGGGCUUGAUUUCUGUUAUAUUCGUUUUGUAUAGAUCUAUGGCGUAAAACAUUUUGUUUCGAGAUAAACAAAAGUUAAUUCUGAUAUACAUGG